CUAAAUUUCACAGCUCUGCUACAAGCUAGGUGAUUUCCACCAGUGAGACCAAAACCAGUGGUGGAAGGAGUAUUCAGAUCCUUUACUGAAGUAAAAGUGGAGACACCACACUCUUAGAAAAUACUCCAUUACAGACAUGGCCUCGGCUCCAGCACAGCAGCCCACCCUGACUGUUGAACAGACCAGAGUGGUACUGAGUGAAGUGAUUCAGGCCUUCUCGGUACCAGAAAACGCGGCUCGGAUGGAGGAGGCUCGAGAGAGUGCUUGCAAUGACAUGGGCAAGAUGCUGCAGCUUGUGCUUCCUGUGGCCACGCAGAUACAACAAGAGGUCAUCAAAGCCUAUGGAUUCAACAAUGAAGGAGAGGGUGUCCUAAAAUUUGCCAGACUGGUGAAAAUGUACGAAACCCAGGACCCUGAAAUUGCAGCCAUGUCGGCUAAACUGAAGUCUCUCCUCCUGCCACCUCUGUCAACACCGCCUAUAGGUGGCGCCAUUCCAGCUUCAUAGGAACUAUGUACAUUCAUUGGUCAACUGCAAGGUUACUUUCAUUUAAUGCUUUGGAUCUGUGUCACCACACUGUAAUUCCAAGAUCAAGUUUAGAGAUUAUGGAAAAGUUAGCUCCAAACUCAAUACACUAAUGCGCCCCAGCAAAGAUUAAACACAUACAUUAUCAACAUUAUGGUUUCAUUUAAAGCUUCCUUGCAAAACUUGUUAAAUUAUUGCUUUUGAAAUGUUUCAGUAUGUAUUUGUUACAUGUUACAUUACCAUUUUCUUAUGUCAUUGAACCUUAAACAUUUCCUUUAAUGCCAUCUUUUAUACCAUUUUUAUAUUCUGUCAAAUGUAUCAAUGUCAUUUUUGUUAUAUAUUAAAAUGAAAAAUGGUUUCUGUGAA